AAGUUGCGAAAAACAUGAUUAGUCUCUAUACUGUGGUUAUACGUGGGUUCGUCCUCGAGCAUCACAGACAAUUCGACCAAGCGAUAUCAGCUCAUCAGACCGCGAUUGAUAUACUCCAGACCUUGAUGCCAAAAAUCAGAAAGUCCAUGUACAAAGUUCAUCGUGUCAUGUUUGAGCGACAACUUGUGGUAUUGCAGGAGAGGAAAAAGAUGCUCGACAAAGCGGCACUUGCAAAUCCACCUUUCAGUGGCUUUGUUUCUGUUCCUACGAUUCUUGGUGCAGAUGCCGAGCUCUUGGCCGCUGCAGCAGAGAAACAUCAUCUUCUGAGUCUGCAAACUCUGCGCGACUUUGCCGAAACACAACCCAAAGACAUGGACCGCGAAGUCUACUACAGCAAAGCGCCCGACCAUAUCCAGCGUCUAAGGCCAGUCAAUGUACCAAAGUUUGCACCUACACUAGAUCCCUCACUUCCACCCACUGUGUACAGGAUCUCCCAUGACUCGGAGCUAUUACAAGCUGGCGAACGCUCUCACUGGUAUUUUGUAAAGGACGAGACAAACACAACUACUCUGUAUGCCAUGCAAUUCAUCUGGCAGACUGAAGAACCGAUAAGAGAAGCUGUCCUGCGGCGAGCCGGAGAAUUUUUGCCUGCUGCUGGUGCUCUCCGCGUCGACAUCAUGAGAACACCACGUGGAGCAUAUAUGCUCAAGAUGACCGGCCACCGCAAGGGACUGACAUUGGAAAUGCCUGAUCGGAGUGAGAGAAGUGGAUGGUUUACUCGCCGUUUCUACUACGGUGGCCGGCAAUUUGUGUGGAAAGAGGCUGAAAAGACUAGGACGUUCAGCAGAUUCACUUGGAAUGAGCUGUACGAGACUUCCCGAGUGUGGCCAAAGAAAGGUAGCAAGACAGGAAAGAUGGAUGAUGAAGUGGUUGGUGGACGGCUCUGUUGGGGUGAAAACCAUGGUGGCAUGCACGAGAACCAUACUAUCUAUAUGGCAGGUGGAUUGGAUCAGCAUUUCAGGGAACAUCUGCUGGCCAGUCAACUUGCGAGGUUGGUCUGCGUGCAAUAUCCAACACCCAAUCCAGUUGGAGGGAUAAAGGCAAUUAGCAGUGGUGCUACCUUGCUUUCGAUUGGCGCACAGCUGUUGUCUCAG